CACGUCAGACACACUCCACAGCCACACAAUUGUACUCUAUGGGAUUAUGGAGACGAUGGGCAGGGGGCCUGUGUUUUUCCUCACAAAGAGAUGAUUAUGACUGGGUCUGCAUGACCUGGCAGAUGGCAGAAGGCCUUCUCUCCAGCUAAAAGAUGAUUUGCACUGUGAUCCUCCUGGAUGGCAGCGUGAGGGAGUGGAACCUUCCGAACAAUGCUACGGGACAGGAGCUUUUGGAUGGAGUCUAUGAACAUCUCAAUCUACUCGAGAGAGAUUAUUUUGGCCUGGCCAUCUUUGAUUCGCCAAGUACAAAGACCUGGCUCGAUGUUUCCAAACAAAUCAAUAAGCAGCUAAAAGGUGCUCGUGCCCAGUUUGUUUUCAGUGUGAAGUUUUACCCUACGAAUCCAGCACAGCUAUGUGAAGAUUUGACAAGAUAUCUGCUGUGUCUCCAGCUUCGUCAGGACCUUCGGUCUGGUCGGUUGCCGUGCCCGUCGGUCACUCUGAUCGCUCUGGGCUCCUAUGUCCUCCAAUCGGAGUUCGGCCCCUAUGAUCCCGAUCUCCAUGGCGACGCCUACAUCAACAGCCUGUACCUGGCGCCCAAUCAGAAUGGGGAGUUGCUGAAGAGAAUGAGGCAGCGUCACACGGCUCAUGGGUCCAUGCCACCUGAACAGGCGGAUCUCUUGUUCCUGCAGAAUGCUUGUGAACUUCCUCUGUAUGGAAUAGACCGACAUCGAGCCAAGGACUCGAGCAGUGAGGAUGUUGUCUUGGGCGUGUGCUCUGAGGGCAUACUGAUCUACCGAGAUGACAUGGAGGAGAGCAAGUUCCUCUGGCCCAGAGUUCUGAAGCUGUCCUACAGGCACUCCAAGUUCUUAUUGAGAACUAUCACCUCAGAGGGGCUCUUGUGGACUUUGUUUUUCGUGUUGCCCACUAAUCGGGCAUGCAAAUCUCUCUGGAAAGUGGCAGUAGAACAUCACUGCUUCUUUAGACGCCCCACUGUAGAACCAUUGCAGCGGCGGUUACUGUCUUUGCACAGUCAGUUCCGUUUGCGUGGACGCACAGAAGCUCAAUGUCUUGAGGAGAACUCUGAAGACAUGCGGCUCGACCCAUAUUUUGUCAGAAAACCCUGGCCAAAGACACCAUCAUUGAAUGCUCCUAUGCAUGAAAGUCAAUCUGAGUCUGAUGACUGGUUCCAUAUGCUGGACACAAUUCCCCCAAAACCUCUCUAUAUCCCAGUCAUCUUUUCAGAUCUAGACGAUGGACCAGUGCUGGCAAGUGAAUGGAGUCAGGGACCAGAUGACUGGUUACUAUUUGAUCAACCCAGAUCAUUCCUUACACCCCUGGACGUGCCACUCUCUGACAUCUCCGCAUCUCAAGGUGAGUUGGAGCAGGACGUGGAAGGCACCUCUGCUUGCUCUCUGGAUGAAGAGGCCAUGGCGGAGAGCAUGGUGGAGCUUGUGGAGGAAGAGGAGUACGUGGAGGACACAAACCUGGAGGAGACACAGGAGGACGGAGAAAUAACAGAGAUGAGACAAGUGAGGAGAGUCAAGGUUGUGAGAAAAAUAACACGACAAUUUCAGAGUGUGCAAGGAACACUGUUGGAAAACAAGGACAUUGACAUAACUGUGAAGGAGCAGGCUGAAAGACUGAGAGAAAGUUAUGGAAUGAUGGACAGAAUGCAGAGCAUCAAUCUGCCCUCCAAAGAUGCAGAAAGAGAUGACUGGCACAUCCUGUUUGAUCGUCAGCCUUCUCUGUUUUAUCCAACCCUUGCAGCAAAACAGUGGGGCACGCUCGCCGAACAGUCAACGGACAUGCGACAUGAAUUGAACAUUUCCAGAGAAAUAAAGCAAAAUUGGCAGGUUGUGGAGCAGUUCCAGGAGAAAGCAUCUGACGAAGCAGUAGAGAUGGGAGGGAUUUUGGAAAUUCGACAGCAAACAAGAAGGCAGAUUAUAACAAUUCAGACACAAGAGGUUAAGAUGGAGCUUGAGGGUGGAGAGCUCAGAGAUCUCAAAGAAGACAUUAUGCAGGAGAUGCAAGAACAAAUCGACAUUAUUCAAGAGAAUUUACAGGAGUUGGUGGAGGUGGAGGAGAGACAGAUGGAGCUGGAUAUUCUGAAAGAAAAGCUGCAAGAGGUACAGAUGUUGGAAUACCAAGUGCAAACAAUGGAGCAGUUAAAAGAUGGAGACACCAAGGAGGACGACUGGUAUAUCCUGCUCGACCGACUGCCGUAUAUAAUCUCCCCUUUGCCAUUAGUUGCAGGUCCUCAGGCCUAUGCUGUUCAAUCUACCCAUGAGCCUGAAGAGGAGAGAAUAUUGGAGAGAACUGAGCAGAUUGUGGAAAAAGAACAGAGAAUCCAGGCUCCUGACGAACCAGAAGGUGGUCCUGAAAAAAUCAUAUCACAGGCGCCAUCUACAAUGGUUCGAUACAUUGAGGAUGAUUGGUUUGUGCUGUUUGAACAAGUUGCCUUACCAGAAAAGACCAUUAUUCCAGUUACCUGGGGGAAUCUAGAGCAACCUAAAGACAUCAGCCCAUUGCAAUCAGAUGAAGAGAGUGAUAUGGAGGAGAUGGAGGAAAGGAUGGAGUGGCAGGAGCAAGAGGAGAUAAGAGGCGUACUGCCAGCUGUGGAGGAGCUGAGACCCACAUAUACAGCUAAAGAGGUGGAGGAUGACUGGCAUAUGACACUGGAGGUCCGGCCAAAUGAAACAGUGAGAGCUGUUGAGCCCUACACAGACGAAACCAAGAAACAAGUUGAGGUCUACCAGUUUGGCGAUGAACAGACGUCCUUUGAAACCACAGAAGUAAUCACCAAGGUAGUGACUACACGUGUGAUGACAACAGAGAAGAGAACAGAGAAGACAAUUACCAUCAUGGAGAAGAGGGACAUGUAUGCUGACAACCCUGGACACUAUAUCCCAACAGAAGAGAAACGUCCUGUGGCAGUUAGAGACAUUGAGGAUGACUGGUACAUACUUUUGGAACCAACCCCAGUGGAAAUAAAGCCAUCCACUACAGUGCCAUGGCAGAGUGGACAGCCCACUCGAGUUGAGGAGGACAGAGGUGAAGAAAGGAUCGUGAGAAGGGAGGAAACAACAGAGUGCCAAGAACAGGUGAUGGUGGUCGAAGUGAAAAAGGAAGUUCUGCCGGUCAUGCAAGAUAUGCGGCCCCAGCUGACAGAGAGACCAGAAGAGGACGACUGGUAUAUCCUGUUGGAGCCACCUCCCAAAGAAAUAGUGUGGGUGCCCCCUCAGCUUAAGGUCCAGGCCCCGGUGGUGAGAGUGGAGGCUGUCAAGAGAGUGAGGAUCGCAGAGAAGGAGGCCACCAUCAUCCCAGAGAGAGAGGAGUUAGUGCAGCUGCCCACCGUGGUGGUCCUGCAGAAACCACCACCAUCAGUUCCCAGGCAGAUUGAAGAUGACUGGUUUUUGCUUUUCGAGCCAGUUCCUGUGGCUCAGAAGCCUCAAGCCCCAGUUGAAUGGCAGCAAUUGAAGGCUCCUACCCGUGUGAUCCGAGUGACUGCCGAGAGAGAGGAGGAGGAAGUGAGAGUAGAGGAUGGGGAUAGACAACAGGAGCUGGUCACAGUGUUGACAGUAGCCCAGCCUGCUGUUCAGCUGGAGAAGCCUUCCUUUACUCCCAGAGAUCUGGAGGACGACUGGUACACCUUGUUGGACCUCACUCCUAAAAAAACGGUGGCGGUGAAGGUCCUGCCACAGAAAGCAGUGCAAUGGGAGGAGAGAACCACUGCACUGCAAGUGAUUAAGGUAGAGGAAAAGAGGGUGAUUAUUGACAGGCCCGCUCAACCACUCCAGCCACCAAAGCAGCCUCCGCCAGCUGUUCGUGACAUAGAUGACGACUGGUUCAGACUUCUGGACCCUAUACCUCUGCAAGAACGUUCCAUACCCUCAGCAGAGGUGAGAAGACCUGUGGACAUCUCACAGAUGAAGGAAGAAAGAGUGGUGGAGGCCAAACCAGAGGGCAGGAUUCUGGAGACACCUAGACUUAGAGAGGUGGAGAGUUCCCUGGAUGUAUUUGUGGGUGUUCGGGAAAUUGAGGAUGACUGGUUCGUUCUUUGGGAUAAGUCAGUUCCAGCAUAUCAAGCAGAGAUCAAACCAACUGUGGUGCCAAGGCCAGCAGAGAAACCAACUGCUGUGGAAAAGCAGAGAAUGGAACAAGAAAGACUGAUGGAAAAAGAGAGGAUGAGAGAAGAAGACAAGAGAAAGAGGGUGACUAUUGUGGAGGUUAAGAAAGCACCAGCCAUUCGCCCCAUCACUGAUGACUGGUUCAUACUCCUUGAGAGAGUCGCUGUGGAGACAAGAGCUCCACCUACAGUGGAAACCAGACCUGUAGACAAACUACAAUCUGUGGAGAGGGAGAGUGUUGAGAUUAGAAGAGUUACGGAGAAAGAGAGGAUGAGAGAAGAAGAACUGAAGAAGAGGGUGACUGUAGUGGAGCCAAAGAAAGCGCCAGCCGUUCGAGCCAUCACCGAUGACUGGUUCACUCUUCUCACCAGAGAACCUGUCGAGACACAAGCUCCACCUAGAAUGGAAACCAGACCUGCAGAGAAACCCCGACCUAUGGAGAGAGAGAGCGUUGACAGAAGAGUUACGGAGAAAGAGAGGAUGAGGGAAGAAGAACUGAAGAAGAGGGUGACUGUAGUGGAGCCUAAAAAAGCACCAGCCGUUCGACCCAUCACAGAUGACUGGUUCAUUCUCCUCAACAGAGAACCUGUGGAGGUUCGACCUCCCACUAAAGCAGAGAAACCAAAAGCUGUGGAAAGAGAGAGGGUUGGAAGGGAGAAAAUUACAGAGAGAGAAAGGAUGAAAAAGGAAGAAAUGAGAAAGAAGGUGGUCACUGCAGAUGUCAAACGGGAACCAGCCAUUCGUCCCAUCACUGAUGACUGGUACAUCCUUCUGGAUAAAUUCGCUGAGGAGGCGCUCCCUAAAGCUGCUCCCAUCAUUCCUACAACACCUCCUAAGAGGCCUGUUACUGUUGACCGACCCAUGACCUCCACACCCACAGUACACCCUGCUCCCGUUGUCAAGUACAUCCUCAAAGAAGAGAAGAUAGAGGAGAAGAAGAAAGUGGAAGUGACAGUGACGGAUGAUGAAGAGUUGACCAUGAUUAAGAGGAAGUUAAAGAAGAUCGAGGGAGAGAACAUCUAUGUCAGGCACAGCAUGCUCAUGUUGGAGGACUUUGAUGUGACGCAGGAGGUGGUCUUGCGUCACCAUGCUAGCAUCAGUGAACUUAAGAGACUCUUCAUGGAGGCGGAGCCCGUGGCGUACACCAGCGAAUGGGACAAGCACCUAUCCAUCUGCCACCUGGACAGCCACACACUGCUCAUCAGCAUGGAGGAGUGGGAAAGAGACGAACGGAUAUCUAUUAUGUGAGGACACAGCAGCGAUCUGGAAUCAACAGUAUUGUGCAAGUUCCAUCAGACUGGAAGGAAUUCAAUAGAAAGAAUUCAAUAUCAAUGAGCAUCAAGGAAUGAAUCACCUGUUAUCCCUAGUUAUUGCCUGUUUGAAUCCUAUCCCUGGUGUUUUUCUGUCUGUUUUGAUGAUUUCUGUUUAGGCCAACUAUAUAACCAUCCUUUUAUAUUAAGUAUAGAUAUUUGAAUGUACUAUAUUGCUAAGGUCCAGUGUUUUAUUUGAAUGUAAUGUGUGGGUUGAUAUUAUGUCAGUAUGGAUUGAAAUUCACAAAUAAAUCAAUUGUGUUGGAGUGAACCGAAAUGAGUUUUCAUGAGCAGUUUGU